CUCCAAUGUCCAGUUCUGAUGUUGAAACUUUCAAUGGCAAAAUAGUUUACAAUCUUGACGGGAGUGCGUAUAUUAUCGAUGCAGGUAAUGCGACUGUCUCCAGCGUCUGUUUGAGUUCGCCCGGUGUCAACAGUUCCAAUGCAGGAGUAGGAUCGGGAUCAGGAUCGGGAUCGGGCAGAGGCGGCUCUAGAGCAACAUCAUCGGAUGCACUAGGCUUGGGUGGGCGUGGCAAUCCAAAGAUCCACUCAUUUCGGGUUGUAUCCGCACAAGAUGCCAGCACGCAUUGCCGAUACGAUACGACAAAUGCGUUCAACAUACAGAAACCGAUAUUAAUGUGCUUCAUAUGCAAACUUUCCUUUGGUAAUUCAAAAUCCUUCAGUUUGCAUGCGAAUACCGAACACAGCCUCAAUCUGUUGGAGUUGGAGAAGCAGCUGCUGAAUCGCGAGUAUUCCAGUGCCAUCAUUCAGCGGAACAUGGAUGAGAAACCGCAAAUAUCGUUCCUAGAGCCCUUGGAUGUAAAUGCCGUGAGCGGUGAGUUUUUCGAGCCAGAGGAGGAAUUAGCGGCAGCUAACAGUGCCGCCAGUGCAUCAAACGAGGCUGACGCUGAGGGAGACGUCGAUCCCAGUGCCAGCGCCAGCGCCAGAUCGGGAUCGGGAGCGGCAUCUAGUGUCCAAUCACCAUACAAAGUAGCAGUGAAGUCAACUGUGAAAUUUGGUUCCUUAAACUCAGCAACAGCAAAGACUAAUAAGCUAUCGAAAGCAUCCUCAUCCUCGUCAUCAACCUCACCCGCAGCCACGCCCACUCCCAUUGCAUCGCCAGCUGCUGCAGCUGCAGGCAGCAAGGUCGUUGCCGCUGCCGCUGCCGCCGCCGCCGCCGCAGUAGCAGAGGCCUCGGCUAGCGAUAGCACAAUGGUCUCCGCCUCGCCCCCACCACCCACGGAUCCCGCAUUGAGCGCCCAGCAACAACAACAACAGCAGGCUGCCGGCAACGUAUUCCCACCGAUGCACGCAACGCCGGCCGCCGCCCAUGCUCACCUCAGUUCCUUUCAUGCCUCAUUGGCCGCCCUGGCCAACGAUCAGAAUGCCAACGGCGUCAAGCUGCUCACCGAGUUUCUGCAGCAGCAGCUAUCGGCACAGCAGCAUCAGCAGCAGCAACACCAACAACAACAGCAACAGCAGCAACAACAACAGUCAGCUGGCGCCAUCGCCAGUUGUCCGGAGCACACAGACUUCAAGGGUGUCGAUUGCAAGACAUGCGAGCUGCUCGAGAUCCAGCAGCACAUGAAAUCGCCGCUGACACCCCAAAGGUCGCCGAACAGCACAAAUGCCAGCGGCAGUGGUGGCGGGGGCGGCAGCAGUGGCGUCCACCCCACAUCGUUGCCCAUUUCGCCAACCACCUCGGUGGCCAGUGUGGGAAACGCCACUGGCGCAUCCAGCUUCACCAUCGGCGCCUGCUCCGACCACAUCAAUGGACGACCCCAAGGUGUCGAUUGUGCACGUUGCGAAAUGCUGCUCAACUCGGCUCGUCUCAACAGCGGCGUCCAGAUGUCGACACGCAACUCAUGCAAGACCCUGAAAUGCCCGCAGUGCAAUUGGCAUUACAAAUAUCAGGAGACCCUAGAGAUACACAUGCGAGAGAAGCAUCCGGACGGUGAGAGUGCCUGUGGUUAUUGCUUAGCUGGUCAACAACAUCCACGUCUGGCACGUGGCGAAUCCUACUCGUGUGGCUACAAGCCCUAUCGCUGCGAAAUAUGCAACUACUCGACCACCACCAAGGGCAACCUCUCCAUCCACAUGCAGUCGGACAAGCAUUUAAAUAAUAUGCAGGAACUGAACAGUUCCCAGAACAUGGUUGCCGCAGCCGCAGCUGCAGCCGCUGCGAGCAGCAAGUUGGAGGCCAGUGCCAAGAUGUUGCUCCCGAGUCCCACAUCGCAGGGAGCGGCGGCCGCGGCAGCUGCCCAACAGGCUCUUGCCGUGGCCAGUGGCAGUGCUGGCGUCGGAGUAGGUGUUGGCGUCGGUGUGGGUGUCGGUGCGGUGAGCAGCAGCAGCAGCGCCAGCUCUGCACCACUGGGCGGUGGCUCUGCCAAGCCGAAGCCCUCUUUUCGAUGCGACAUUUGUAGCUACGAGACAUCGGUGGCUAGAAAUUUGCGCAUCCACAUGACCAGUGAGAAGCAUACGCACAACAUGGCCGUGCUCCAGAACAACAUUAAGCACAUACAGGCCUUCAACUUCCUCCAGCAGCAGCAACAACAACAGCAGCAGCAGCAACAACAGCAGCAGCAACAGGGCGCGGCUGCCGUUCCCGGUGGGGCGGCCUCGGGCUUUCUGCCCGAAGUGGCGUUGGCGGACUUGGCCUACAACCAGGCGCUGAUGAUCCAGCUGCUGCAUCAGAAUGCGGCUGCCGCACAGGCCGCUGCCACACAGCAACAGCAGCAGCAACAACAACAGCAGCAGCCAGCCAAUAGCAAAUUGUCGCCACCAUCGCCAGUGAGCACACCCGAGCACUCGUCCUCCACACAACAAUUCUCCUACUCGCCCAAAUCAAUGAAGAUGCCGCCCGUUAUGGUUCUGGGGGCGGACGCUCGACUGCCCGGCGAGACGGCAGCAGCGGCGGCAGCAGCAGCAGCGGCCGCUGUCGCCUCAUCUAGCGAGAGCCUGGAACCACCUAGCAAGCCCGAUGCAUGGCCCACUGCCCUGUAUAGUUGUCUGAUCUGCGACUGCUUCAGCACGAACAAUUUGGACGAACUGAAUCAGCAUUUGCUGGUGGACCGGUCGCGUCAAUCCUCGAAUGCCUCAUCCGAUAUUAUGGUCAUACACAACAACAACUACAUUUGUCGACUCUGCAACUACAAGACGAAUCUGAAAGCCAACUUUCAGCUGCACAGCAAGACGGAUAAGCAUCUGCAGAAGCUGAACUUCAUCAAUCAUAUACGCGAGGGCGGUCCAAGGAACGAGUACAAGCUGCAAUAUCAGCCCCAGCUGGCAGCCAAUGUUGUCCAGCUGAAGUGCAACUGCUGUGAUUUUCACACCAACUCGAUACAGAAGCUGUCCCUGCACACGCAGCAGAUGAGACACGACACCAUGCGCAUGAUAUUCCAGCACUUGCUCUACAUCGUUCAGCAGAGCCGGAUGCACAGAAGCGGCACAGACGCCUCCGAUGUUGGGCAGGAGGAGCAACAUCAGCAGCAGCAGCAGUCUUCAGUCUCCUCGCAGAAGGCUCUCCUCUGCCAGCUGUGCAACUUUGCCGCCCGCAAUCUCCACGAGAUGGUGCAGCACGUGAAGAGUCUGCGACACAUGCAGGUGGAGCAGUUCAUCUGCCUGCAACGACGCAGCGAGAAUCUGGAAAUGCCGGGACUGAACGAAGUCUUCAAGGUCACCGAACAGCUUCCAGGCAACGGCGAAGAUGGCCAAAUGACGGACGGUCUGAGCUUGGCAACACCAGCUUGUGUUGCCGGCGAUGUUGGCGCUGGAGCAGUGGCCGCCUCUUCGGCCGACAGCAACAUAUUCUCCCCCACGUCCAGCUGCUCGCUGGCGUCCUGUGGCAAGGCGCAGGCGCGCAUCGGCUCACCAGCCGGUGGUGGAGACUCGAGCAGUGGGGCAGCCAGCAUGUCCACAAUGAUUUUCAAAUGCAACCAUUGCGAGUACUUUGUGCAAUCGAAAAAGGAUAUGGAGGCACACAUUGAGAGCGUGCAUCCGAAUGCGGAGAAUGAUGACUACAUGAGCAUACCCACAAACACAGCGGCUCUCCAGGCUUUCCAAACGGCUGUCGCAGCCGCCGCUCUGGCCGCUGUCCAACGUUGCAGCGCUGCCUCGCCCCGCUCAGCCACUGAAGACGACUGUCCCAUUGAUAUAAAGCGCGAGCGUCUGGAAGAGGAUGAGGAGCAAAUGAGCACUGCCGCCUGCGAGGCAGACAACUCUCGUUGCAGUGCCGACGACUCCUCGCCCAAGGAUGCCACACUUAGUAAAGUGAGUGAAACGGCAGCGGCGAGCUCUGGCGUGCAGUGCCCGUUGUGUCUGGAGAGCGGAUUCAAUGAAAAGUCGUUGCUGGAGAGCCAUUUGAUGAGUGUACACAGUGUGGCACGCGAUGGCUUGUCACGUCUGCUACAGCUGGUUGAUCAGAGCGCCUGGAACACACCGCCAACCACAGAUAGCGGACAUUCGAAAGGCGCUGCCGAGGAGCACUCUACUUCAGGGCUGCCAGCCCUUGCAGUUCAUUCCGAGCAUCGGGCACCCGUCAGUGGCAACAGCGGUACCAGCAGCGGCAGCUCCACAGGUCUUCAGGGUCUCUCCUGUCAGCAGUGCGAGGCGAGCUUCAAACACGAGGAGCAGCUUCUCCAGCACGCCCAACAGACUCAGCACUAUCCCGUUCAGAACGGCGACUAUCUCUGCCUGGCCGUAAGUCACAUAAGCCGUCCCUGUUACAUGGUCUUCGCCGCACUGCCCACAAUGAUUGCCCACUACAAGGAUACGCACAUGAGCCUGGUCAUCUCAGAGCGACACGUCUACAAAUAUCGCUGCAAGCAAUGCUCGCUGGCCUUUAAGACGCAGGAGAAGCUCACAACCCACAUGCUCUACCACAGUAUGCGCGACGCCACGAAGUGUGCGCUGUGCCAGCGCAGUUUUCGAAGCACGCAGGCGCUCCAGAAGCACAUGGAGCAGACGCACGCCGGCGAAUGCACCGUUGCAGGUAGUCCGCGCACUAUGUCGCCAAGUAGCGCGAACGAGGUGGAAAAGCUAUCCACGACGGAUCCCAACUCUUUUGACGCCAAUGCGAAUAGGCCCAAUGAAUCAGGCACAAAACCCAGUGAAGUCAUCAGGCGCUCCCCUACUCAGUCUCCUCUACAGUUAGACUCGCAGUCAAAGGAACUGUUCGCAGCAGUGCCAAAGGAACCCAUGCAGAUGCCUCCAGCAUUGUCCCCCAGUGCACUCGACUCGGCCCAACAACAGCAACAGCAACAACACUUCGCGGCCCUAACCGCCGCCCUUCUCAAGCAGCAGCAGCAAUGCCAACAAGAUGCCUCGACCGUUGAAGGCAUGUCUCCGGCAGAUAUAAUGCAUCACUUGCAAGUAGAGCCGACGCUCUUCGGUCAAAAGGUCGGUGGCCCACAGGGUCAUCAGCAGCUACUGCAACAGCAGCAGCAGCAACAACAGUUCCCCAACAUGAACGCUCAGUCGCUGCAGAGCUUACAGAACCUUCAGAACUUGCAGCAAAUACAGCAGCAGUUGGCUGCAGCGGCCGCCGCUUCGGGUAUGCCCAUCAAUCCGGUGGAUAUGCUCAAUCUCAUGCAGUUCCAUCACCUGAUGUCGCUGAACUUUAUGAAUCUGGCGCCUCCAUUGAUAUUUGGAGCAACCACUGGGAGUAGCGUGGGCGGUUCUGCUGGUCCUCAGAAUAAUGGUGUCAGCGGUAGUGGAGUAUCCGCUAGUCCAAGCGUUGCUGAUCUCCAAAAAUCGGCUGCUGCCACACCCAUCGGCCAAACGAGCGAGGCAUCCAAUGUGAACAUUCUGCCACCCCAGGCUAGCGUCAGCUCCAAUGCUCAGCAGCAAAUGUCCAGCAACCAGAAACGCGCUCGCACACGCAUCACAGACGAUCAAUUGAAAAUCUUGCGAGCUCAUUUCGAUAUCAACAACUCACCCAGCGAGGAGAGCAUCAUGGAAAUGUCCCAAAAGGCGAAUCUGCCCAUGAAGGUGGUCAAGCACUGGUUCCGCAACACACUCUUCAAGGAACGCCAACGCAACAAAGACUCACCCUACAACUUCAAUAAUCCACCAUCGACCACGCUCAACUUGGAGGAGUACGAACGCACCGGUCAGGCCAAAGUGACGCCCUUGAAUGACUCAGCUGCCGCCUCAGCAGCAGCCGCUGCCUCAGCACCAGCGCCGGCUCCAAAGGGCAAUCAGUCGCGUCCCGAAUCGACAAACUCCAGUGGCAACAUCUCGGACUAUUUCACUAACAACCUCUGCUUUGGCCAGCAGAGCGACAUGAGCGCCAAGCAGGAUCAGCAGUCGCUGCUGCCAUUUCCGUUGGAUGUUCAAAUAAAGACAGAGCCGCAGGACGAGGCCAUGGCUGCUGGCGAGUUUGCCUAUCAGAAGAAACAGCAACAGCAGGAACAAUCGCAGCUCCAGGAUACCGACUUGCAUGAGCAGCAAUCAAAUAAUGUUCCCGUGCUGCCAGUCCAACACUACGCCAGUCAGCAACAGCAACAACAACAACAACAGGUGCUAUCCAACAGCUACGAGACAAAGUCGGAGAGCGGUAGCUCCGAUGUACUCUCACGUCCACAAACCCCAAACAGCGCCUCCGCCAGCAACCUGUAUAGCAGCAUGAAUGACUUGCUCAGCCAGCAACUGGAGAAUAUGGGGAAUAUGAACAAUAUGGGACCGCCAAAGAAAUUGCAAAUCAGCAGCAAGGCUUUCGAAAAGAACUCGCCGGGCUCGCAGUUCGAGACCAAUUCCAACUCAUCCAAUUCAUCGUCGACUUCGGGUGGGAAGCGGGCCAAUCGUACGCGAUUCACCGACUAUCAGAUCAAGGUUCUACAGGAGUUCUUUGAGAACAAUUCGUAUCCCAAGGACAGUGAUCUGGAGUACUUGAGCAAGCUGUUGUUACUUUCGCCGCGCGUCAUUGUCGUCUGGUUCCAGAACGCCCGUCAGAAGCAGCGUAAGAUCUACGAAAACCAGCCCAACAACUCCCUGUACGAGACCGAAGAGAAAAAACAGAACAUCAACUAUAAGUGCAAGAAGUGCGGCCUGGAAUUCCAGCGCUACUACGAGCUCAUACGUCACCAGAAAAACCACUGCUUCAAGGAGGAGAACAACAAGAAAUCGGCCAAAGCGCAAAUAGCCGCUGCACAAAUUGCUCAGAAUCUCAGCUCAGAGGACUCGAACUCCUCCAUGGAUAUUCAUCAUAGUAGUGGCGCCAGUCUGUUGGGCGCCCAUCCCCAGAAUGUGGCUGCUGUGGCAGCUGCCGCUCUGGUUUCCGCAAGCAGCAGUUCGGGCAGCAACACGAACAUGCUGAGCGUAUCGCCCCAGCAUUUGUUCAGCAAAUCCUCAUCCCUGACCGACUUCAGCCCAUCCACAACGCCAACGCCACCGCAACGCGAGCGCAGCAACAGUCUCGACCAUCAUCAGCAGCAACAGCAGUCCCAGCAAUCCCAGUCCCAGGGCAGACAGAAGUUGGACUGCGACAAGUGUGAUUUGCAGUUCACACAUCUGGAUCUGUUGCGCGAACAUCAGCUGAUGCAUCUGAUGAGUCCAGCCCUGUUCGCCAGCCAACAGGCGACCGGGCAGCAGACGAGUCCAGAGGCAACCUACGGACCCUUUGGCAGCAUACUGCAGAGUCUGCAACAGGCUGCACAGCAGCAGCAACAGCUACAAAUGUUGCAGCAGCAACAACAGCAGCAGCAACAUCCGCCAGCGAAAAAGCGCAAGUAUUCGGAAACAUCGUCCAAUGCCGAUGAGUUGCCAUCGUUGGGUGAAUUCGAGCCACCGAAUAAGAAAUAUGACUUUCUCUAUCAGUAUUUCAUGCAGAAUGAAACAAAUGCUGAGCUCAAGCAACAAUUUCUAAUGCAGCAGCAACAACACCAGCUGCAGCAGCAACAGCAACAACAGCAGCAACAACAGCAGCAGCAACAACAGCAGCAUCCCGAUUCGGAUGUGGAAAUCGAAUUCCUAACCAAUUUCUAUCAACAGACCGAAUUGAAAAAGGCCGGCAAUUAUGAUUUUUUAUAUCAGUACUAUCGCAAAAAUGAGGAUCUGUCGAAGCAGCAACAGCAGCAGCAACAGGAACCGUUUAGCUCAACCAAAAAGCCAACCAUUGAAUUCUUGCUGCAAUAUUAUCAACUGAACGAGUCGAAAAAGUUUUUUCAGUUAGUUGCCUCGCCCCAACAAACACCUGAUGGCGCAGUCUCGCUGCCGUCGUCGCAGCUGCCGAACGCGACGGCGGAUGACCAAAUGAAAGGGAUCGGCGAGAAGGAGCACUGCGCUAAGCAGUCGCACAUCAGGGACAACAACAGCGAGCUGGACGCGCUCAAUCAUCGUCGCCUGGGCAAUGGACCCACUGUCUCAGCUGCCACGUCGGAGGCGGAGGAUCUCCAGCUCAACAACAACAAUAUCAAUAUGAGCCCCAGCGAUAAGGAGCACCAACAACGAUUUGGUUUUGGGUGCGAGGAGCAGCCAACUGAAAAGUCUCGACAUCAUCAUCAUCAUAAUCAGGGAUCGGAGCACGAUGCCGGCAGCAAUGAGGCAGUCGAUGACAUGGAUAUGGAACUAGUACGUUCCUCCGAUGACAAACAAAUGCCGUACAUGCGAAGCGGACGAACACGCAAGGCGAGCAGCACGGAGAAGACACAGUAUUUUCAAAAUCUGGAAGAUUUCCUCGACGCCACCAUGAUUGAGAAUAACUCGCAGACACUCACCUUCAACGAUGACACACCGACUCAAGCCAAAGGCGAGAGCGUCGUUCCCGCCGCUAAAGCUGCCGAAGUCUCAGACUCUCCAACGCAACUGAAUGCACCCUCUAAGCAGAACAAGCGUCUUCGCACCACCAUUCUCCCAGAACAGCUGAACUUCCUCUACGAAUGCUAUCAAACCGAGUCCAAUCCCAGUCGCAAGAUGCUCGAAGAGAUCUCCAAAAAGGUUAACCUCAAGAAGCGUGUAGUUCAAGUCUGGUACCAAAAUUCUCGAGCCCGCGAACGCAAAGGACAAUUUCGGCAGAACGUUGAGGUAAUUCAUAAGAAAUGCCCCUACUGCGGAGGCAUAUUCAGAAUCAAAUCGGCUCUGGAGUGGCACUUGCUCUCGAAGCAUGCCGACAGAUCGAAGAUGGAUGUUGAUGCCAUCGCAAACAUCGGGGAGCAGCAAAUUGUUGGGCUGCCAGGACAAAACAGCCAUCCAGGCUCCAGAACAACGGCAGCUUUUAAUACUGCUGCCUCAGCCGCCUUGGAGCUCACGCUUGAAGUUGUGCCGGCCCUGAAUGUGGCCAUUGAUGGGGCGUUGGGGCUAGAAAAAAGAGAUAUUCAGGUUUGGUUCCAGAACUCGCGGGCCAAAGACAAGAAGUCGCGCAACCAGCGCCAAUACGCACACAUAUCGGAUGACAACAAUAGCUUCGAUGGCUCCAACGGCAAGGACAACCCUGGGGCCAACUUCAAAGGCCAACAGCUGUCCCAGGACCACCCAGUCAACCAACUAGCCAAUGCCCAGGCCAAUCUCAGUUCAGAUGCCGACGAACCCCUCCAGGACUGCCAGCUGUGCCAAGUUCCGCAGGUCAAUAUGCAGAAGCAUGCGUUCACAGUCGAGCACAUCUGUAAGGUGAAAGCCUUGCUGGAGCAGACAAGUGAGCUCUAUGCGAACAGCAACGGCAGUGGCAGCGAUGACAAUGACUCCGAUGGUGCCACCACCAGAGAGAAACGAUUCUACAAUCUAUCCAAGGCGCUGCUUCUGCAGCACGUCGUCUCGAAUACGGCGGGCAUGGGUGUGGACCAUGCGGCAGCCGGCACGGAGAUGCUUGGCUUCGAGGCUGGCUCGGCUGUUGCCAUGGUCGACUCCGGGGCAGGGCGUCGCAAUCGGCGCGUCCACCCGCGCGGCGAGCAGCGCGUCAUCGACGGCGAUGUUGUUGCACACGAUGGCGAUGGAAGUGGCAACAAGAGUGCGGGCAGUGAUCGCGAUCUCAUGCAGCGACUGUUCAAUCGCAACCAAAUCACCGGUAAGAGAGUUGCGGCUACUUGCUACGAAAUUCGUGCGUGCCGCAUCAGUUAG